AGAGAGAGAGAGAGAGAGAGAGAGAGAGAGAGAGAGAGAGGGAGAGAGGGAGGGAAGAGAGGAAUGGAGGAGCAGCAGCGCGCGCGUAGGCGAUCACGCGAUUUCGCGAUCGCGUCUCAUCGCGCGCCGCGGCGCCUCUGACCGAUACGCAAUUGUCAGUGCCGCGCCGACCGCCGCGCCGAGUGAACGUCGGGGAGUGUUGCUUUUUGCGCGAACCGCACCGUAAUACAUCGCUCGCGAAUCGGACUCGCUGUUCGGAGCGAACGGCAGUUCUCUCAGUCGAGUUCCUUGUUAAAAAAUCCAAGUGCUCAAAAAAAAAAAAAAAAAAAAGAGACGGAUACGUCUGAUAGAGUUUUCUAAGGAAAAACCAAGUUCAAAGUGCUAAAGUGAAAUUGACGGCUCUCCGCGCGCGCACGUGCGAUCGUUAAUCGCGGACGUUCGAGAAAUCGAAACCGAAAUCGCGCGCGAAUAGAUAAAGCAGAAAGAGAAAGAGAGAAAAAGAGAGAGAGAGAGAGAGAGAGAAGCAAGCGGAGUUUUGCCGCGCGCGGAUCAGAGCGGAUGCAAGUUCGCGGGCCAACGCCUCCUUCUGGUGAUUCAUGCGAAAAAGGUGGAUCUCCCGAUGCCGCCGCUGCAACCGCGUCACGAGUUUCCCUCGUAUCUCCCGGUAACGGGCACCAAGAGACGAGACCUGGGAUAUAAGCGACAAACGGACACGCUCGUAAUCGGCGCGCAAUCGGCGAUUGCCAGGAUGCAUCGAUUUUAAUUCCCGCGUGUGAGAGAGAUAGAGAUAGAGAGAGAAAGAGAGCGCCAUCGAUCUACGCCGUGGCGGUUGUGCUUCGAGAGGUGCAAGGGCGCCUCUUUGAGACCGAUUCCCGUUUGACGGAGAUGAGAAGGUCGUCACGAUGCUGAGACCCGGAUCCGUAGUGGGCCUGCUGGCCCUCUUGGCCCUGCUGAGGAUCGCGGACUCGAAUCGCUGUCUGACAAUGCUGGAAGAGGUUAAUCCAAAGAGAGUGAUUCAUCACGAGGGUCAUUUCUUGAACAUUAAAUUCGAAGUGUCGAGGAGAGUGACACAGAGGUUGGCGUCGGAGAUCAUGAAGAUCUUUUUGACCGAAGUAUUGGGCUACAAUGGAGUCGCUACUGUCGAGCAGGAUGACUACUUCAAUGCGCUCGAAGUCUUUGAGAGACUGUCCGAAAGAUCGUACACCGAAUACAAAAUAUUUCCAGAAACGAUGGUGAACAUGGAAGUGUGGAUUCCGCCGCAGGAGGACACGUCUCCGCUGCUGAGCAAAUACAACGUGAAGGAAUGCGGCUCGAUAGCGCCACCAGGUCACUUCGGUUGGUUCGUUCCAGAAACGUUAGCGAGACUCGAUGAUAGUUGGUUGGUCUUUUCAAAACUGGAGACUGCCAGUAGAUUCGCUGUUGACGAGACAUACCUGCCGAAAGUCAAGAAACUCAUGAUGAACGCGAAUACGGGAGAAUAUUACUGCCAGGAAGCCUUUUGCCAACACGGGAUGUACAUCCCGGAACAAUGUCACGGUCAAGGCCAGCAAAGGCCGCCGAACUGUGCGUUACUGUUAGCCGAAUACUCUGACGUGACUCGUUUCAUAAAAGAACACAUCGAUCAGAUGAAGCUCUAUGUUAAAGUAGCGUGGGUAGGUCCAAAUCUCAGGGAUCUGACCAAGUACUUGACCAGGGAAUAUAUGCAACUCGCGCAGAACUCAUCGACCACCGUUGGAAACAGAUCCCUGGUGAUCCUGCACUAUACGCCUAGCAGCGUAAUUCCGAAUGAAAGUGAAUUUAUUGCAAUCGACUUUCCACGUUGUGGAACAAAAAAAGGUUCGAUUAGCUGUGCGUACGAAUCAAACAGACUGACAAAGCUGGUGUGGGGUAGGUUGGCAACGGUCGCGAAGAUCGCCUUCCAGGCGAUAAAUCGUGUCAAGUUCAGUCGAAAGAUGUACGAGGACUUGAUCACUCGUCGUAUACGAGCGUCUGUGAACGUUUCGGACGAACAAAUAGCCUGCGACUGGUUGAAGGAUAAUCUGAACUAUGCCUUAAAGGAAUGGAAGCCUAACAACGAUGAUAAGAAUACCCUUUACGUGGGUGGUAUAUUUCCCAUGAACGGCAACUCCUACACAGCCAAGUCGAUCGCGAUCGGCGCCAGGAUGGCGAAAGAAGCCAUCAACCUUAACAACACCGUGCUGAGAGAUUACAAUUUGAAUUUGUUAAACAGCGACGGCCAAUGCAAGUCGGAUAUGGUGAUGAAAUCCUUCAUCGACUAUAUCAUACAUAAUUUUUACCAGAAACUGAUUGGAGUAUUGGGACCGGCUUGUUCGGAAACCGUGGAGCCAUUAAUCGGAGUGUCGAAACACUAUAGAACUGUAGUUAUUAGUUACAGCGCCGAGGGAUCCAGUUUCGAUGAUCGUACCAAAUACCCAUAUUUCUUCAGGACUAUUGGCGAGAACAGGCAAUAUAAACAUGUCUAUGUACAGCUCUUACAGAGGCUAGGUUGGCGUCGAGUGGCUUCAUUGACGGAGGAUGGACAGAAAUAUACUGAAUAUAUAUCGUAUAUGCAGGACAUGCUUAGAGAUAACAGCAUUGAUUUUGUAGCAAACGUCAAGUUUCCAAGAGAGCGAGAAGUUGACAUGAUGACAAAAUAUUUGCAAGGAUUGAAAGAGAAACGGGCAAAAAUUAUUAUCGGAGACGUGUACGGUGAGGUAGCUCGUCAAGUCAUGUGCGAAGCAUAUAGACUAAAGAUGACAGCUGCCCAGGGCUACGUCUGGUUUCUUCCGCUUUGGCUUCAUCCGCAGUGGUACGAUACCGAUCGUUACAAUGAAGAGGGUGAACAAGUAUCCUGCACCACGAGCGAAAUGAUGGAGGCCAUAAACGGACAUCUCGGUCUGUCGCACGCGUACUUCGCUCGGGACGAUGAUAUAAUGCAGGAGGGAAUCACUGUUCGCGAAUGGCGCGAUCGCUACGAGAACACCUGUCAAGAGCAGAAUUUGAUACCCUCUAAUUAUGCCGGUUAUGCCUAUGAUGCUAUGUGGACUUAUGCUUAUGCCGUAGAUCGACUUACUCGUGAGAACCAAAGUUAUGUUUUUGAUCUUCACAGCGAUCAUACGGUCAAUCGUCUCACGCAUAUUAUUGGCGAAACCGAUUUUUAUGGGGUAUCCGGAAGAAUAAAGUUUUUAGGUGGACCAUCGAGAUAUUCUGUUAUCAAUAUCGUACAGUUCAUUGAUAACGAAACGCACAUCGUUGGUAACUUUUAUCCGAAUAUCUCUGAAACCAAGAACGAAGUUACGGGCGGAGUCUUAGACUUGAAUAUUUCGGCUUUCGUUUGGUUAUCGGAGACAAUGCCUGACGACGGUUCCGAGCCUCCGUCGCGAUGUGUUCUAGGAGGAUUGGCGGAAUUGCUAGACGUUUCUUGCGAAGUAGCGAUUGUGGUCGCUAAUAUUAUUGGCUUCGGUCUUCUCGGAGCAGUUCUGAUUGUCAGCUUCGUCAUCAUUAAACGAAACUAUGACAAAAAAAUGCAGAUCCACGAAAAAUACAUGAAGUCCCUGGGUAUCCUGUCACGGGUGGAUACUUCCAGUUUGGACGUGUGGGAAAUUCCUCGCGAUAGAGUAGUAAUUAAUCGAAAACUCGGAGAGGGAGCCUUCGGUACCGUUUACGGUGGUGAAGCUUUCUUCCCUGACAAGGGCUGGCUAGCUGUCGCUGUGAAGACUCUGAAAGUCGGUAGCUCAACCGACGAGAAACUCGAUUUUCUCAGCGAGGUCGAAGUCAUGAAGAAAUUCGAGCAUUCGAAUAUCAUCAAGCUGUUGGGGGUGUGCAUAAAGUGCGAACCAGUGUUGACCGUGAUGGAAUUUAUGCUCUACGGCGACUUGAAAACCUACCUGUUGGCCAGAAGACAUCUGGUCAACGAUCGAAGUUACGAGGAUUCCGACGAGAUCUCGAAUAAAAAGCUGACCGCCAUGGCAUUGGAUGUCGCCAGAGCGCUCAGCUAUUUAGCACAGUUGAAAUACGUUCACAGGGAUGUUGCCUCGCGCAAUUGUCUGGUGAACGCUCAGCGAGUGGUAAAACUUGGUGACUUCGGUAUGACAAGGCCAAUGUACGAGAACGACUAUUAUAAAUUCAAUCGGAAAGGCAUGCUACCAGUAAGAUGGAUGUCGCCGGAAUCGCUGGCGCUUGGUAUUUUCACGCCAGCAUCCGACGUCUGGUCUUACGGCGUACUACUCUACGAGAUCGUUACAUUCGGUAGCUUUCCUUUUCAAGGGAUGAGCAAUAAUGAGGUGCUCACGCACGUAAAGGCUGGUAAUUGUCUCACUGCGCCGAAGAAAAUAAAAUCGCAGCUUGAGAAUUUAAUGUAUUCCUGUUGGAACGUGGACCACACGAAGAGGCCAACGGCACCUGAGAUCGUUGAUUUUCUGGCUUUGAAUCCUCGCAUUAUCGCACCUUGUCUAGACGUGCCCCUAUCGAGCGUGCAAUUAGAGCAUACAGCGCAACUCGAUAUACAGCUAGCAGAGAGUAAUCGGAAAUUUUCCCUUUUAUGGCCGCAACGCUCAUCUUCGCAGACUACACAGGAACUAAAGUUACCGAACUCCUCGCCUCCGCUUCUGCUGGAUUUGAAUGGGCAUGAUGACGAUCAGACUUUGGAAUCUCUGAUAAGCCAAUCGUGCGAGCAGGAUAGCUCUAGUCCCCUGCUGGAUUCUACGAGAGCCUCGGUCUUGAAGCAAGUGUGGCUUCAUGGAAAUUCCGUCAACGUCAAAGACAACGAGCCUCACAGGUAUGUUAAUCUUCAACCGGGUAUGGUGAAGUUGCCCUGCGAAUCCGGCAAAAAUGGUAGUGCCGGGAACAUCCAAAUGGAAGAAAGAACGUCCAUGCUGCCCGAGAAGAAAAGCACCGAUAACGUGUCAGUGCUCUGACGCAAGUAGACGAUUUCAUGAAGAAAUUGGAAACUAGUCAGGUGCCUCGAGGUACAUUCGAUCAAAGAGUUCAUAAAAUGAUUGUACGAAAUCAAGAUCAGAAUCCAUAAAAACGGUGAUCAUUCCGGAAUGAAGCAAGAGAGUUAAUAUACGAAUGAAUUUCAAGAUAUUUGUCGAAUGUAAUCACCAUGGUCAUACUAAAGGAUUCUUUAACGAAUCGAGAGAAAAUGGCUCUCUCUUUCUCUGAUAUGGCAUUUUAAUUAACUAACCAGAGAUAUUCCCUUGAAGUCUUUGAAGAAUGGAGAAAUUAAGUUAAUUUAAACGAUUUUGCGAUAACAAUAAAAGUUUUUCUCUCUUCUUUGAAGAGAAUUCCUAUUUCGUUUUAAAUAGAGCGUCCUGAAAUGUAUAUGCUAGUAGCGAAAUUCGGUCUCAAAUGAAUGAAAAAGUUCAACAUACAGAGUACCCUUAAAAAAUGGUCGAAUGUAAAUCAUACAAGACCUUGUUGAUAACAUGCGUAUUUUUAUACGCAGAUCAAAUAAAAAAAUGUGCGCCAAAAUUAUAAUGUAAGUAUCUUUAGCAGCUCAAAACAAAAAAAAUAAUAAAUGGAAAUAUAAAAUUGAAAAAAAUGGCACAUGUAUCAUGAUAUAAAGAAGUAUCUAAAUAUCGGGUUAAUACAGAAAGCAUAUGUAUUACUCGAAACAGCUAGCUAAUCGAUGGCGAAAUUACUAGAUUUAUUUUUGAGACUGACUCCAUUGCGAAAUUAAGUCGCAUCAUCUGACCGUCGCAGACUCGGAUGACCGACAUUAUUCGUCAUCGCAGACAAGUAACCAAAGGGUACAAAAGAGAAGAGCUGCUUCUCAUAGAUGCGAAUUUCGCGAUGAAAGCGGAAGAGACGAUCGACGUCGGUGCAUCCUUCAUCCAGUAGUUCUGUCGUCUUCUGCUCAAUGGAUCUUUAAGACUGACUCUCGAGAUGGAAGGGACGCAUCAUAUUUAUAACUGUCUUUAUCCUUUUUUUCUUUAUUUUUUUUUGUCAAGUCACGUUUCGAGGGAAAGCUAGCGCAUUUGAAUAAAUCCAGUGUUUUGUGAGUGGCGACGUGUUCGCGUAACCAUGACAUUUUUUUUUUAAUCGUUACACGUAAAAAGUUCGAUAAUUUUUCCGUCUUUCUUUAACUCUUUUAUUAUCCAGUCGUUUUUUAUUAUUUCAUUAAAUUCGAAACAGAAUGUAAGAAUUCCCAGUGAAGAUUUUGUCAUACAAAAAUCUCGAUGUUUCGGGACUAUAUUUUUAUUAUUGAAUUUAUUUUCAAGCUUUAAUUAAAAAAUUGUUAUCUAAUAAAAAAAGAGCUGUCACAGUGGCUAAAAGAAAACAUCCUAGCGAGACACGGGACAGUGAAAGGGUUAAUAUUUUCUCGCGAAUGCGACUACGCGUUUGUCGAUCGCACGUCGCCCUCACAUUCACAUCACUAUUUAAUCACUAUCGUAAGACUAAUCACCGGCUGGCUACAUACUCGAUUACAGGUGCGAUUAUUUAUUGAUAUGAGUGGAUUUCUUGCAAAAGAUUUUUGUACGGAAUAUAUUUCUCGUUAAGGGUCCACUAAUAGCAUUCUUGUAUAAAGUAGUGUUGCCAGAUGACAGAUAGUACAUCCUAUUUUGUGUAAAUAAAUUCACGUAAAUAUAUUUGGCCCUUUCCGGUAUCAAUUGACAGUUCCUUCAGAAUCGUUCUUUUUUUAAUGUUCCUGCAUUUUUGAUGUAAAUGAAACGUCGAAGGACGUAUACGAAAAAAUAUUCCUUAUUUUCAAAGUAAUAAUUAAAACAAUUUGACAAAACUCUCCAUUCACGUAUCGCUUUUUAAAUAAGUGAUUUAUAGCGUAGAGCAAAGAGUGCCAUUCAUUAGGUGACAAGUGCAAAAAAUUAUACGAAUAGAUACCUAAGUAGAAUGAUAAAGAGCUGGAAAGGGUUAACUUUUUCUUUCAGCAUCCGCUGUUCAAUUUAAUGACUGAAUAGCUAUACAACUAAGAGCGUUCACCAGAAACGCAUAUAGAGCAUCAAAGACUCCGAUAGAAAAGUAUUUUUAAUUUUCGAUUCCAGUUUCGUGACUGUUCGUGUAUAUUCGGCCGCGUUGUAAAAAACGUGCCUUUAAUACUACUAUAUUGUACAUAGUAAAAUUACACGUUCUUUGGGCACAUUGUAAAGCAGUAUAUAUGUACUACAUGCUUCAUUUCAACAUCACAACAUACAAUUCUAUGAAGACUUAUUACACAACUAUAAUUUUUUAAUACGUAUAAUUUGUAAGAGCUCAAAUAAAAAGAUAGACAAAUGUCACUCUACGCAAACAGAAUAAAAAAAAUGUAUAUAUACAUAUAUAAAUAACGCAGGAUGAUUUAAAAAUAGAAAAAGAAUUAUUUAUUUUUAACUAUUCUGUUAUUUUAAUUUUUAUACUAUAGAUAGCGAGUUUUUUUAAUGUAUAAAAAAUCGUUCAACAUUUAUAUGUAUGUACAACUAUUUUUUUUUUAAUUUAGACAUUACGCCAACAUCGCGCCAACAUGUACAUCACAACGAUCCAGAAAAUUAAUACUUGUCAUUGCGUAGAUACUUUUUUUUUUACUACUCGUUUGAUCGAGGAACAAUAUUCGCGAAUGCGUCGGCGUAUUCCUUCGGCAGACUGUAAGGCUUAUAAAAAGAGCUUUUACAUACGUUUGUACAUACCGCGACACGUUACUAUAUGUCCUUCCUUUAGUAGUUAAUUUUAUCAAAUAAUUUUGGCGAUUUUUUGCCAGAUAUAUGCGAUUAUUCUUAGAGCACGUAUAAGAUCCUUGAAUUUACUCGCUAUGGAUUAUACCAAUGUUAUUUAUUGUCGUACUAUAUUGUAAUUUAGUCUGCGGCGAAUGAUAUUCGCAGCGUACGUUCCUCGAGCGUAUAUUUAUUGAGCUUUCUGGAAUUACAUAAUAUUAAACAUU